UGUAUCAAUUAAUAUAGCACCAGAUAAAAGCGAUGUUUCCAUAAUCACUGCAUUAAAUGAUCUUCACUCAGAACACAUGGUCUGGCUAUGGAUACUUUGUGUCAAGUUUCUUGUUUCUUAACAAUAUUAUUCUUAACAUCAAAGGAAACAUUUGCUUUUACAUGUGCAAUCACAAACAAGAGCGAAAUUUUGCCUGAAAGAGAAGGCAGUUUUACAACUAUUACCUAUCUGCUCAAUGCUACUAAAAGCUCAGCAUUUUCAGGCUCUACGAGUCUCCUAUAUGAAGUGUGCGUUAACAACACCCUAACAGUUCAGUGUGAAUUUGAGUGGACAGAGGGGUACAGCCACCCGUCUGUAGAGAAAUGGGGUCCUGGAGACGACGUGGUUUGUUCCUACGAACCCCGUUACCUUGACAACUCCAUGGUGACCUGGGAAAUCAAGAUUUCACAGCUGGUCAGUCGGUCACUCAGUGUCAUGCAGCUCUACCUGGAGAAUAGAACUCACAAGACAAAGAAGAUUAUAAGGCGGAUCCAUAUUGAUAUUCUGUAUCCACCCCAAGUCACAAGUCUGACUGUAGACGGGCAAGAGGUGAACGGCACUCAUCUCAUCAACGAUAGUCAGAAGGUGAACAUCUCUUGUUCCUUUGACAAAGGAAACCCGCCUGUCGCCUUCAGUCUGGUUGACAACAAUGGGAUGGAACUUGUUAGAGGUUCAGGUCCUCUGACCUAUUCGCUUCUAGUGGACUGUGAAGAUGACUGGCCAACAGUUCGUUGUGAAGGCAAUGGGUCUGAACAGAACAGAUCUGUGUCUUUUCAUGUCACGUGUCCUCCAAAGUUCUCUGAAAACUCGAUUAAAAUCGUCGAUUUUCUAGAACUUGGUAAUAUAACACUACAGGUGAAAGCUUACACAAAAGAAGUAGAUAACUGCCUGCUGACACCAGUGCCAUUAGAAGACAACAUAACAAUAACAGUGAGCUGCAAACUUACUGGUCAUCCGCCUAAUCUUGCUCUAUCUUUCUCCAUUAGCAGGAGAAUCAACUGUAUCCAAGGAAUCUGGAUGCUAACUCUUCUCAACAAAAGAGGUUCUGUCACUACAAUGUUAAACUUUACGGAGGAAUCAAGGAGUUUGAUAACAGAAAGCAAACACCCAGCACAAACACCAGUAAAAGAAAUACUUAUCGGAGGAACUUGUGGUGCUGUCCUGAUUGUUGUUAUUGCUAUUAUAGGUAUUCGUGCCAUUAAAAAGGUCAAUGAAAAUAAACGUGGUAAGUUUUAAACAUGGUAUUUAAUUUUUUUUAAUGUAUCCUAUUUAUUAGCAGCUUUCUCGUUAUUCCAUAAAACAAUCUUACUAAUUAUUCGCCAAUCACAGGCUGUCACAGAACAAGGCACAAACAAAGCAAAAGCCCUCCAUCACUUCCUCAACUGGGGUCGAGGGGCAGAUGUCCCUCGUAUUAAAAGGCUGGCCAUUUUAGUUUCAUUUAGUUAAAGUAGUUUUUUCAGCUUCUUAUUCAAAAUAUAAUUAAGAGAAUGAUGCUGGGGGUUUCUUACCUUGUCUAUUCAAAAAAAUAAGUAAUUCUUUGAAAACCAAAUUAAAAGUAGAAAUCUUAUAACAUUUCUCUCAAGGCAAACUUUCUGAAAAUACAGAUGUAAUCGCUGUACUUUGGUGACGGGUGAAAGCUUUGUUUGAAAACACAAUGUGUCAUAGGAGAUACAUAGAUUACUUGAGCUAUUCGAUAGUUAAUACUCGCGAUCUGGUGCUGUAAUGUGUGCUUGGUUAAUGAUAUUCAUCGUCAGGUCGGUGACUCUUAGAGGUAAACAUACAGUAUGUUUUCGAAUUCACAAGGUAAUGUUUAAGGCAUUAAUUGUCACUACAAUAAAACUCUUAGCGUGCAAUCUACGAAAACUUAAGAUUUAGUUACACAAGAUUUCCAUUGCUAUUAUUUGUCCGUCAAAAUAUGUAUGUUUAUUCACGUGUACUUGUUAUCUUUAGUGCUUUAAACACAUCGCAAUACAUGAAUAGACGCACUAGAGCUUGGAUGCAUGUAUCAUGGCUUCUUGAAGAAUGAAAGUUGUCCUUUCUUUCAAAUAUUUAAGGAAUAUUGUAAUGUGAAUCCGAAUAAAAGAGAAACUGAAUUCGCAGCGUCUCUCAGGAGCGUUAAGUGUAGUUACUGUAGUUGUCACCGCAUCGUGUGAGUAGCCACGUACGUAUUUUAUAUACGAGCGCGUCCGUGGUAUGAGAGACAAGACACGCCAACCUUCGUAUUCGUCGGUGAGUACAGUGAUAUUUUGAAAUAUUUGAUUCUAGGCAUACUUUUGUUUCUUGA